CCGUAGAGGCUCGCCUCCAUACACUGAACCAAACCAACAACAGUAGUGUUUCGACAGUAUUCUGAUUCUGAGGUGUUGUGUUAGUUAGUAACGUAAGAUAAAUUCGUUUCUCAGUUAACAUGAGACCUGGAGGAUUUAUGUUUUCGUUUUCCAUUCAUUUUUGAUAUUCUUUUCGAAUAUUAUUCAAUACUCAUGAAGGACAAUCAGUUGUGUAGGCAGUGUAAAUAUUGGUGGUGCAGUGAAUGAAUUGCUGAUUUGUUUAUUUCAUACAUUUCGUUGAUCAAUUGAUAUUAAAUGGUUCAACUAAUUCAUUUGAUUGUAAAAUAAAAAUUGCGCCAUGCUUCCAAGUAUCUUUGAAUGUUGGAAUUGAAUUUCAAAUGAAAAUAGGAUAGUCUAGUUGGUGCUGAGGAAAUUUUAGAACUAAAAUCAAUGUCAAAGAUAUUUUGAGUGUACUUAACUUAGAAUGAUCCCUGUGUGUUUUUCGAAAUAAAAGAUAAAAUGAUAACCAUACAGUGCUUAAAUGAAAUAUUUUGGGUGCGUGAAUAGUGCUUGAAAACGCAGAAAUAAAUUUGGAGAGCAAUUAUAUUACUUGCAGUGCAUUUACACAUCAAUGAAAAUCUCAAAUAUCUAUGGAAUAUGUUUUCUUACCCGACUAUCUGCUGAAGAGUUUUGGUUACUCAUCGAGGACUAACAAAUUCACAGGAUUAUCGGAUUAAUGAUGUUCUGAGCAACAACAAGAGGCGCAAUCUCAGCAAUUAUAUUUAACAAUGCAAGUGAAACUGGAUCAGAAAAAAAUGACAUACAUCACUUCAACAUUCAAGACGACUCCUCCGCUAAUUCACCACAUUUGCAAUGGAAGUUUUUCAGUAACAGAUUUAAUUUGAUCUAACGAGAAAUUUCCCGUAUUCUGUCCACGGAUAUCUAAAGAGGCCUUAUUUUCUGGUGCCUUACAUACUAUUCGUAUACAUAUAUUCUACGGGAAUCUUGAUAGUAUUAAUGGAUCUAGCGGCUAAUGGAACUUACAUGAUAUGUUACGAUAUUACGCUCGCGCAAAUUGACUCAAGAAAAAGAGUGAAUCAAUGAGCUCACAGUUCCAAGAUACAACACAACAUUCAACUUCAUUGUCAUCAUCACUAAAUAAGUGUUACACACUCUAUUAUUGUAACGCGCUUACAAUUUAUGAUAAAACGUGUCAACCAGAAAUAAUUUACGAAUAAAAAGGUCAGAUUAAAUGGAAAUAAAAUUGACCUGGGCCGCUAAGUGUUAAUUUCCUGAUAGCAUAAUCGGACAGCCUCGUGACUGAUAAAAAGAUGGAACAACAAUUAAGAAUACAAUUUCUCUAAAAUUUGAACUUUCUUUCGCCUAAAAGGAGAGAAUUGGAAGAAGACUUAAAAACAAACUAUCUUUAGAUAGAUUAUAUGAAAAUGGCAAUUAAAUGUAAUUUUUAUGAAUUAUGUUGCUUACUAAUUAGUAUAACAUUGGUAGUUAGAGCAUGGACGCCUGACAUCACACCGAAGUUGAUAAAUCCUAAAACAGAAAAACUUCCAGUAUUUUUCGGUAACACAACAGACUAUUUCAAAAUACUCGAUCAAGACGAUAAUACGAUUUUGAUAGGGGCUAGAAAUAAUAUCUACAACUUAAGCUCAACUGAUCUUCGAGAAAGAGAACGCAUUGAAUGGAUAUCAUCUGAUGCCGAUCGUGAACUAUGUGCCCUGAAAGGCAAAACGGAGCAGGACUGUCAAAAUUACAUACGAGUAUUUGCUCGUUUAGAUGAUAAACGGAUAAUGAUAUGCGGAACGAAUUCAUACAAACCACGAUGUCGUACUUACACUAAUUUUCACGGAGCAGCACAGGACGACCGGACGUUUGAAGAGAGUGAGGCACAAGGCCGAUGUGCCUACAAUCCCACCCAUAAUAGUACAUACGUUUUCACAGAUGGUCAACUAUAUUCAGCGACGGUUGCUGAUUUUUCCAGCGCCGAUCCGCUGAUUUAUCGAGAGCCCCAACGAACUGAACAGUAUGAUCUAAAACAGCUUAAUCAACCAGAUUUUGUCAGUGCAAUGGAAAUGAAUGGUUAUGUCCUGUUUUUCUUUCGCGAAAUCGCUAUGGAAUAUAUGAACUGCGGAAAGGCAAUAUAUUCGCGGAUAGCAAGAGUUUGCAAAAAUGAUAAGGGAGGCCCAUAUGGGUUUGCCGAUCGAUGGACAUCAUUUUUAAAAGCACGUCUCAAUUGCUCGAUGCCGGGCGAGUAUCCUUUCUAUUUUGAUGAAAUCCAGGCAACUAGCAAGAUAAUUGAGAGCCUGUAUCAGGAUCGUCGGAGCUCAAUCAUUUACGCGGUUUUCACAACUUCAAUAAAUGCAAUCCCUGGUUCAGCUGUGUGCGCUUUCAGUACAGACGAGAUCGUGGAAGCAUUCGAAGGUCCAUUCAAAGUUCAAAAAAAUAGUACAUCGGUUUGGCUACCUCUAUCCGUGGAUAAUUUACCAGAACCUCGCCCAGGUCGGUGUGUCGAUGACUCCAGGACUUUACCAAGCUCAGUGGCCAGCUUUAUUAAGACGCAUUCAUUGAUGGAGAACGCGGUCCCAGCUAUGUAUGGCCGACCCUUGUUUACGAGUGUUAGUUUCAAAUAUCGUCUUACCGCGGUCACUGUCGAUCCACAAGUUAUCACAAAGGAUGGCAGUGCGUUUGAUGUAGCAUUUGUUGGAACAGAUGAUGGUCGAGUUAUUAAAUUCAUCAACGUUCCGCCAACAAAUCAUAGUCCUGAAGCUUCUAAUGAUGUUGAAACUGUAGUCAUCAGUGAAAUUCAAAUUUUGGAUAAUAUGCCAGUACGCGAAUUGACGGUUGCAGGGAACUUGAUUGUCGUAGGUGAUGGGUAUAUAAAGGCCAUUCCACUUCAUCACUGCUCUCAAAUUGUCACCUGUGUCGAGUGCAUCGAUAUUCAGGAUCCUUACUGUGCAUGGAAUAUUCAAAAUCAUGAGUGUGGACCAUUACCGUCUAUAACCAAUCCACGAACGUUGGAUGACUUUAUUCAGAAUAUCACUUCACCUGAGCAUGGCCGACGUGAAUGUGAAAAGAAUGGAGAUUCUGGUAAUCGCAUCGACCAAAGAUAUUCAGUGUCCCAGCCAGCUCGAGGUACACUUUCGGCAGUUGCUCAGCGACCAUUAAAUUACCCGAUGGUGAAGAGCAGGGAGCCGGGGAAUGAUGGAAACUUGUUGGAAAAUACCAUUACACAUCAUUUAGUCAAUGAUGCGAAUGACUUACAAUUGGCUAAUACAAGCUUAAAUUGGUUUUGGCUUAUUGCCUUACCUCUCAUGGUGACAUUUCUAGCCAUCGGGAUUGUGAUUGGACGUCUGCUAACGAAAAGGGCGUGUAAGAAUUCACCCUUUGCCGAACACCGAAACGAAUUGACUUCAUCCCGACCACUUAACUCAAGGACAAGUGGCAAAGAUACGAAUCUUCUUAUGAACGUUGGUCCACGUAAUAAUAAACGAGACAAUUUAGAAAAUGAGUUCGUUGUUGGUGAUAAGGAUCGUAGUCAUGAAUGUAAAAAUUCCACGGAAAAUUUAGAAAAGGUUGUGCAUUGCAAAACGACUGGUACAUUAACAAAAGUGAAGAGUACAUAUAUUUGAACAUACGAAUCAACAAAACUGUUAGGGAACGAUCAAAUUUACAUAAUGUUAUCGAGACUGGUAAGUAAAAGAGGCCAGAGAAACGAAAAAGAUAUAGUGCGAGGAGAUACAAUUCAGCCAAAGUCACAGCUUAUGUGGUAGGUAUAGUUUAAUCGAAUUAUUGUAAUAUUCGAUCGAAUUUAUAGACGCUACUAAUAGUUGUGAUAUAAGGACGAAGCUGAAGGAUCUCUCAGAAGAAUUUUCAUAGAAAUAAAAAGCAAUCAAUCUGCUAUUUACGAAUUUUUUUUUUGUCGUAAUAAGUAACAUCUAAAACUUCAAAUUUCCCGCGUGCCUCUUUCGAAGAACAUAAGCGAAGAACUGUAUUAUAUACAUAAAAUAAGGUAAUAUACAUAUAUAUUUUUAUAUGAAAAAUUUAGAUUAGAAAAAACGAAUUUGUGAUCUAGAAAUAUAUCAAUUUGAUGUGAGGCAAUCGUAAAAUUGUGUGUUUUAAUAAGAUGAAUGAAUUGAAUAAUAUUUAAAAUGAUUUUUACAAUAUUCUGUUGUUUAUACUGACAUAAAUUAAGUAGUUUUAACUAAGCGUACCUAGUUUCUUAUAAUGCAAUCAUUUACUAGCUCGAAAUAACCCUCAGUUAUGCUGUUCGUGAUAUGCAAACAUUUUCUAAAUUUUAGAAAUUAGAUAACCAGACCAUUCCUGUUAUGUGUAAAUUUUAAACAAAACUACAUAUAUUUCAUAUAUGACUUUAUAUAUAUAAAAAUAUGUAUUUUUGUGUGAUGUUUGUGUCAUUCAUCGAAUAUUUUAGCGAACAAUCUGACCGGUCCGUGACAAAUUAUCGUAUUCAUGCUAGCUCAUAAUUUUUGUACAAAAAAAAAACAACUGAAAUUUCAGAUAAGUCUCGUAUUUUAAGUAUUUAUUUAUAAAACCCGCUUUGUAGGCUGACCAUAUUGUGCGUGUGAUGCUUUUUGUCAUGGUUUUAGUAUUGGAAAUACAGGUUUCAAGUCAUAAAUCUAAAUAUUCAUUUUCGUAAUUUUUGAGAGCAUUUAUAAUUCUAUUAAGGGAAUUUUGAAGUUUUUUCGAUUAUUAUCCAAAUUUAUUGACCUCGGUGCUUUAUAUGUCUUACCAAAAUUGUCUUAUAUGCUACAAGCAUAUUUAGUAAUACAAAAACUUCGACUAUAAAAUAAAAGCGUGCCGAUAGUAAAAAAAAUACGCUAAACUGCGUAGUUAGCAAAAUGAGAAAGAGAAUAAAUCCGUCCCUCGUGUUAUAUAUACAAUUUUAAGUAUUAACAAUUCACUAUUUCCGCUUAACUUACUAUAUGCAGUUCACUUCAUGGCGCAAUCAUAUUUAUGUAUGAAGUUUUGGUAUCUACUUAACUAUCGAACGUAAAUUAUUUGUAAAAAAAAA